AACUCAGAAGGAUCUCCUGCCUGCCACCCCGAUGGCUGCCUCAAGCCCCUUCUCUGGGUGGCCACGUCUAUUUCGGCUGCUGCUCCUUCUCUUGCUCCUUGUUGGUGCCAAAGGACAGAAGGUGGAGGUGUUGCAGUCUCCGGAAUCCUUGUCAGUGUCGUUAGGACAGACCGUCACUCUGACUUGCAAACUGAAAGGGACUGAUCCACCAGGAGGCGUGAGAUGGCACAAGGGCUCAGACAGACAGCAGCGACCCGUUUAUAGUCAAAAUGAGUCUUUUCCUCCCCGGGUGAGCAGGGUUUCCCCAGAAUCGGACGCAGACUUCACCAUCAGCAUCAGAGACAUGCAGCCAGAGGAUGCCGGGAUGUAUUACUGUGUGAAGUACAGAGCAAGAGCCACAGGGGAGACGGAAGAAGCCUCUGGGAAGGGCACGGUGGUCUCUGUGGUUGGGGUAAAAGUGGUCCAGCCACAGGAUGCCUCAGUAACAGCAGGAGGGACCCUUAGACUGAAGUGUACGGUGACCGGUGGAGGUCGCCCAGGACCUGUGAAGUGGUUCUUGGGGGAAGGUCCCAGUCGGAAGCUCAUCUAUGCAGAUGUUGGAAAGUUUGAGAGAGUGAUGAGGGAAUACCAAGGCUCCAGCACGGAUUUCACCAUCCUCAUCCGUAACGUUUCUCUUGAGGAUACUGGGACUUAUUACUGCGUGAAGCAGAAGUUAAGACAUAACGAUGACACUGAUGAGGAAUGUGGGCCUGGAACUAAGGUGCUUGUGACAGAAGUUCGAUGGCACUUGGAAUUUUCCAGCCUUGGUCUCUGGAUUGGAUUUUUCUUGAUUAAGAUUGUAGCCAUCUCCUUCCUGGUGUGCUUUCUUCUGAGAAAAGAGCAUAGCAAGGUUACUCCUGGAAAUACUGCUGCGCCUGCCCUGGAAAGGACUUUGGCAAAGAGAUCUGCUUAG